AUGACGAGGAAGAUCAACUUCGGCGCCGGACCGGCCAAAAUCCCGGAAUCGGUAAUGGAAAAGGCGGCCAGCGAGUUCAUGCUUUUUGGAAAUACUGGCGUCUCAAUUCUUGAAAUGUCCCACCGAUCCGCCGAUUUCACGGCCAUCAUCGAGGAGACGAAGGCGCUGCUGCGUGAAUUGAUGCAAAUCCCUGACAAUUUCGAGGUGCUCUUCAUGCAUGGCGGCGGAACCGGGCAGUUUGCGGCUAGUUCCGCUGAUUACCUCGUCACCGGCUCCUGGUCCGACAAAGCGUUCAAGGAAGCCCAGAAGUAUUUGGACGCGAGACGAGUGUUCCCCCAGGUGAAGCCGAUCACGACGGUGCCGCCUGUUGACAAAUGGGAGCGCAAUCCGGACGCGGCCUACCUAUAUUAUUGCGCAAACGAAACGAUUCACGGCAUUGAAUUCUUUGACGCUCCCGAAACGCUGCCCGGCGUGCCGCUUGUUGCCGAUAUUUCCAGCACGUUCCUCUCAAGGCCUUUCGAUUUUACUAAUCACGGCGUCGUGCUCGGCGGCACACAAAAGAACUUGGGGGCCGCUGGAUUGACGGUAGCCAUCGUGCGCAAGGACUUGAUUGGUCACGAAAUGACAAUCACCCCAUCUGUGCUUUCCUACAAAAUCUCGCACGACAACAACAGCGUCUACAAUACACCCUCUGUGUAUAGCAUCUACAUCACUAACCUAGUCUUGAAGUGGAUCAAGGAGAAGGGAGGCGCCGCAAAAUUGUGGGAGAUCAAUACGCAAAAAGCCAACCAAAUCUACGAAAUUAUCGACGGAUCGAAUGAUUUCUACCAUUGCCCAAUCGACAAGAAACAUCGGUCACUGAUGAACCUCCCGUUCAGGAUUGGUGGACCGAACGGUGAUGAAGCGUUAGAGAAAGAAUUCUUGGCCGAAGCUACGGCCAACGGAAUGAUUGGGCUGAAAGGACAUAGAUCCGUUGGCGGUAUCCGGGCCUCACUGUACAAUGCAAUCACCAUCGAGGAAACGGCCGAGCUCGCCAAGCUGAUGACCGAAUUCCAGCAGGCGCGGCAGAAG